AUGGACGAAGACGCUUCGUCUACUCCCUUGUCGCCGCGCACUGGGGCUGGCCUUGUGCUGACCCGUACCCGAUCCCAGGAGGCCAUCUACGCCUCUACUGCACCGUAUGCCCAUUACCCUCCUGACAUUGCUGUCCAGCAGCUGCGCCAGCAGAUGGGCCAAGCCGUGGACGCACAGUCAUCCCGGCUGGACACGGUGCAGCAAGCUGUUGGUGCUCAAAGCCAACAAACAUACGAACAGCUGAUGGUGCUCCACCAGCAACAACAAUUACAAGCCAAUGCUCAGAUGGAGCUCAACCAGAAGCUGAUGGCCGAGCUGGCUUUGCAGCGCCUACGCCUACGCCUGACAAAACUGGUGACAAGGGCGGAAGAGGGUCCCUAUCACCAACUUCACACAGAAGGCGGGAAGUGCUUCAAGUGUUUGAGCACUGGUCACAACGUGUUCAAGUGUCCCAAGGUGGCCGAUGGCGAAGCCCGUCUGUUGAUGGAUCGGGCCAAGGCCAUCUGGGCCGAAGCCAGAGGCGAAGGCAAAGACGGAGAAGGCGAUAACCAUUGCCAAAGAGCUCUGGAUGCCUCGUUCGACAGUGGUGCGCACCAGAGCGUGAUCCCUCCCAAGACGCUCCAGAUGUUGAAGGACGCUGGGCGUGACGUGGUCGUGACGGAUCUGCCGACACCUGUUGUGGUCCGAGAAGUCAAGCUGCCGAUCAAGUUCGAGGCCGAUGUUGGCUCCCUGGUGUUGGCUAAAGUCAAGUGCUGGCUCUCUGUCGGUAACCUGCCAGCUGGUGUGGGUGACAUCCUGCUUAGUCGUCCUAUCAUGCACAAGCUAGGCUGCGACCCACAGUCUAAGCUACGUGAAGCUGCCGCGGUGUGCAGCGAAUACGACAUGAAAGACGUGGAGUCUACCAGUGGUGUGGUGAAGACAGUCAUGCUGGCGACCAAACAAGAGCUGGUGGAUGAUCUAGCCGAAGAGGAAGAAGCUUUGGUGCCCAUGGAGCUGGCCGCCUCCAAGGUUCAGGCGGUGCUGGAUGCCAGGGUGGCAGACGCUCUGUUAGCUGGCUGUGGUGCUGAGUUUGCCCUGGGCCUAUCCAAGCUCCUAGCCAAGUAUAUGGACGUUUUCCGCCUUACGCUUGGCCGCGACCCACCGGUGGACAUGCCACCUUUAAAGGUGCAUCCGACAAAGAACUCCAAGCCUGUGCGUUGCAAGGCUGGACGCUAUUCCCUCCCUCAGCGUGAGUUCAUGCAGAAGCAUGUGGAAGAGCUGGAGAAUGCUGGUUUCAUCUAUCGAAACCCAACCAGCCGAUGGGCGUGUGCCCUUCUGAUUGUGCGCAAGCCUCAUACGUUGACUGGGCGUAGUCAACAGCCACACGGAGCAGAUUGCCUGGCCUAUGCCCAUGUUGGAAGUUGUGGUGGACCACCUGCGUGGAGCCACCUGCUUUUCAUGUUGGACUUCUUCAAGGGCUACUGGAAAUUCUCGUUGGAUCUAAGCUGCCAAGAGAUGUUCUCGUUCCUUAGGGACACUGGUGUCUACACAUCUAAUCGGGUGAUGCAAGGUGUACGGGAUCUGACAAUUGUGCUGAAACGGGUGUUUUCUGCAGUCGGGAGGAAACGCACCAAUCAGCUGACGGCUACUUUGCUGCUGACGGACGUUGGCUGGAACGACACUCAUGUGGCCGCACUGGAAGCCACCAAAAAGGUGCUGGCCAAGGUGGUGGAGCUCAGCCACCCCAAGCCAGAGAUGCGGCUCUUCAUCACCCAAGUUCCACCCGACCAGUUGAAUCUGCAGUUUGAAGCCCAAUCCAACGAGCCCCUCAUGUUCCUGAGUGGGACAUUCAUGGGGGCAGCUGGACGCUGGGCCAUUGUGGAGAAGGAAGCCUAUGCCAUCGUGGAAACACUGGUGCGGGCUGACUACCUGUUGCAUCCUGCCGCUGGUUUCAACCUCUACAGUGACCAUCGGAACCUGAAGUUCAUAUUCAACCCGACAGCUGCGGUGGCCUCUGUACCAAAGUACACCGCCCAAAAGUUGGAAAGUUGGGCCCUGCAGUUGAUGGGUUACAGAUACGAGAUUCACGACAUCCCUGGGGCUGAUCUGCUCUCGCGUUGGGGAUCGCCUUUGAAGCCAUUUGUGCCAUCAGUCAAGAGCCACUGA